UUCAGUUCAUCGCUCUAUCUCAAAACCUCCAGAGGUUUGGUCAUCCUCAAGCUUCGAAACCCUCCUCAAAAGUUCGAUGUUCUGCUUAACGUAUGCUCCAAGCGCUUGCCUUCUGUACCCGAAAAGACGAGCUUCUCAAAGAUCAAACCUUGCCCCGACGAGGUUUCGUGUCUGCUCUUCCCUGCCUGGUAAUGAAGACAGAUUCAAAGUUGAGUACACACCUUGGCUUAUUGUCGGGCUGGGAAACCCGGGAAACAAGUUUCACGGGACAAGGCACAAUGUUGGUUUCGAGAUGAUUGAUCAGUUGGCCCGAAGAGAAGGCAUUUUGAUGAACACAAUACAAUCAAAAGCAUUGAUCGGAAUAGGUGCUAUUGAAGAGGUACCGGUCUUGUUGGCUAAACCCCAAACUUAUAUGAACUUCAGCGGUGAAUCGGUUGGAUCUCUCGCUGCACACUAUCAAGUGCCUUUGAGACACAUUUUGCUGAUUUAUGACGAGAUGAGUUUGCCCAAUGGAGUUCUGAAACUCAUACCAAAAGGAGGUUACGGCCAUCAUAACGGACUGAAGAGUGUAAUCGGGAAUUUGAAUGGUCGGAGACAUUUUCCUCGACUGUGCAUAGGCAUCGGGAAACCGCCUGGAAUGAUGGAUUUGAAGGCGUUUCUUCUUCAGAAGUUCAGCCCGGUCGAACGGAAACAGAUGGAUGAAGGGCUCGAACAAGGAGCCGAGGCUGUGAAGACCCUUGUGCUCAACGGAUUCAAUGAAGGCAUCUCGAGAUUUAAUUUGGUGCAGAAGUACAAAUUCCACAGAGUAUGAGAUGAUAGCUACGUUGUACAAAGAUUGUUUGAGAUUUGGUUGGGGAUUUCUGUAUUGAAAGAGUACGGAACAGAACCCAAGAAGCUUCCUUUUCAUUUUUGUAACU